UCCGGGGCGGAAGGGGCGUGGCUCCGAGUGCGCAGGGGCAGGGACCCGGAAGUGCGGCCUAGCCUGUUGCAGCGGUCUGGGAGCUUUCGGGUAAGAAUGGCGCCGGAAGGGAAGAACAAGCGGAAGAAAAAGCAGAGCGCGCAGGAGGGAGAGAACGUGGACGGCGGCAGUCGUGGGAAUCUGGCCGGAGGCUAUCUGAUUGGACAAGUCGCCAACAGUUUAUCCCAAGGCAAGAGGCCCUCCGGAGGCAGCGCCGGCCGGCUGGCUUCCCUCUUCAGCUCUUUGGAGCCUCAGCUUCAACCCCUGUACGUGCCUCUGCCUAAAGAGACCACCAAAAAAAGGAAACAGGAUGAGGAGGAAGCACGUUCAUCCCAAAUUCAAAGACCACUUUUACAAGAACCUGCAAAAACAGUGAAAGUGAAGAAGAAACUUUCUGAUGCAGACAAAAAGUUGGCAAACAGAGAAAAUGCUUUAGCAAGUGCUGAUUUAGAAGAAGAAAUUCGCCAGAAACAAGGACAGAAAAGGAAAAAUUCUCAAUCUGGUGUUACAAUAGCACUUGAUGAUGUAGAUCAGACAGUUGUAAAUCCAAGAAGGAAAAUCCAAACCAACAAAGAAGAAGAGAGAUUAAAGAAUGAGAGAACUGUGUUUGUUGGGAAUUUGCCAGUCACCUGUAAUAAGAAGAAACUGAAGUCAUUUUUUAAAGAGUAUGGACAAAUAGAAUCUGUACGAUUUCGUUCUCUGAUUCCAGCAGAAGGAACUUUAUCCAAAAAGCUGGCAGCAAUAAAACGUAAAAUUCAUCCAGAUCAGAAAAAUAUUAAUGCUUACGUUGUGUUUAAGGAUGAGAGUGCUGCUGCAAAAGCAUUGGAAAGAAAUGGGGCCCAAAUUGCAGAUGGAUUUCGUAUUAGAGUGGAUCUUGCAUCUGAGACCUCAUCUAGGGACAAGAGAUCAGUGUUCGUGGGGAAUCUCCCAUACAAAGUUGAAGAAUCUGCUGUUGAGAAACACUUUCUGGACUGUGGGAGCGUUGUGGCUGUAAGGAUCGUGCGAGAUCCAGUGACAGGAGUUGGCAGAGGGUUUGGCUACGUGCUCUUUGAGAAUACAGAUGCUGUUCAUCUUGCUCUGAAAUUAAAUAAUUCUGAACUGAUGGGAAGAAAACUGAGAGUCAUGCGUUCCAUUCAUAAAGAAAAAUUAAAACAAAAUUCAAAUCCUGGUUUGAAGAAUGUCAAUAAAUCUAAGGAUGGACUUAAUUUUCCUUCAAAAAAUGUGCAACGUUCUAAAAGUUUAUAUGUUGGAGAAAAAGCUGUUCUUAUUAAGAAGAAAAAGAAAGGACAGAAGAAAAGUGGACGAUUUAAGAGACAGAAAAAUCAGAAGUAGCAAUGUGAAGCUUUUUUUUUUCCACUGACUAUUGGAUAAUAAAAAAGUGUGGAUAAAUCAA